AUGUACCGCCAAAUCGUGAUUCUUCUGCUUGCCAGCCUCGCUGCACUCAGCAUCGCAGCAGAUACCGCAGACCAGCUUCCAGCUUCUUUCACUUGCAAAUCACCCAUGGCCAAGGACAAGAAAGGAAACCCUCUCACUCACACAUUCAAAGGGGAAAACUGCAUGAAGGCUAUCGCAAUGCUCGCCAAAGGUGACGUCCCUAAAGCCUCGUGUUACGAUUGUCUUCUUGGUCUCGUUGGCAAGGACGGCAAGGCCUUUACACCCAAAAAGGCAUUGAACCACGACGCCCUUCUGGCCGGUGUUAAACACAUCGCUGCAACCUGCAAGGACCCGACACCCAAACACCAAAAACGUGACGACAAAGCAAAGCCGGACGCUCAAGUGGUCUUAGGCUUAUCUCCGGACGCUUCCAAAUGUUAA